AUGACUGAUUGUCUCGGCCUUCGCUUCACCUGGCUUCACUCGGUCUUCGAUAACUUCCCCUCUCUGCUGAGUUUCUCUCUGAAGCUCCGCUGUGCAACGGGGAUUUGUCCUCGAGACCUGGAGGAUUACGGCUGCUCCUGCAGAUACGAGUCCUCUGGAAACCCUGUGGAUCCUCUGGACAGCUGCUGUGAGACUCACAGCGUGUGUUAUCAGAGCGCUGCCCCCUGCAGGCAGGCGCUGAUCCCCCUCCCCAACAACUCCACCUGCUCAGCAGCAAACUCCAGCUGUGAUGCUGGUGACCGGUGCCAGCAGAGGUUUUGUGAAUGUGACCAGGCGGCCAUCGACUGCAUGACUCGGAGCGAAUACAACUCGUCUCUGAAAAACCUCCACGCGUCUUUCUGCACCGCGGAGAAUCAAACCGUUUCAGAUGCUGUCAGCAUUAGCCUGGAGUCUGGAUCUUUGUUAAGAGGAGCAGAUGAUCUUUCUGCAGUGAACGACUCUCUGAGCUUCUUCCUCUCCAACUCUUCCUUCCUGUCUGCAGAGGAGCUUCAGGAAGGUGAAGACGCUGCAGAGGAAGUAGAAAAAGAAGAAACAGCGCACACAAGUUUCAUCUCGAGAGAUUCAGGUCUCGGAUCAGAAUCAGGGCCCAUCAAAACAUCACAACUGAGCUUUGAAGACAAAAACACAGAAACACCUUCAACAUCCUCCCUUCAAACUACAACUACAACUUCUCCGAGGACUACAACUCCUCGGAAGACUACAACUCCCAGAGAGCCGACACCAACCAACCUGAAUGAGUCAUCCGAGGAAGCUGAUAAAGAAAUAAGAGAUUCCUUCAUCGUCACAACGUCACUGACAGCAAAAGCACCAAUCAGACCGUCUGAGAGGAGAAGGUCAUCUGAAGAAGAGGAAGAGGAAGAGGAGGAAGACGAUGAUGAAGAGGAGGAGGGAGCUUCAGAUGAGCAAGUUAAAGAUAUCCUAACUACCACGUUUACUCCAACAACAACAACAACCUCGGCCAAAUCUACAACAACAACAACAACAACAACAACAACAACACCGACUGUAUCCCCAGAUGCAUCCAACGAGGUGUUAGGAAGUUCAACAGCAUCUGCCUCUCCAACAGGUGGAGGAGAAUCAACAACAACAACAACUCCUCCAGCUUCAGAGGACAGACGAGAGGAAACAGGUUUUCACACAACUCAAGGACAGGAGAAGAUAUCCAGUGUCAAAACAACACCCACCACACCUCCCAAUUCAGGGGAGGAAGUGGUUCCCCCCAUCGCUCCCCCCCCGGGAAGAGCUCAGGUGAGUCACAAAACGACACCUUCAGUGGGAGGUGUAUCUCAGACCACCACAUUGACCUCCAUCAGACCUCUAUCAUCUCAAACCUCCAUCAAACCUCCAUCAUCUCAGACCUCCUCCAUCAGACCUCCAUCAUCUCAGACCUCCUCCAUCAGACCUCCAUCAUCUCAGACCUCCUCCAUCAGACCUCCAUCAUCUCAGACCUCCUCCAUCAGGACCACCACUGAGGCUGAAUCUGAGGAGGAGGAGCAGCCGGAGAAGAAAGAGGAAGCUCCAUGUGAGGAAGAGGAAAAAACAGACAGCUCUCCGGAGAGAGAUAUGGAUGACUUGGAGGUGAGGAAGAGGAUGAUGCCGUCCUUCGCCUGGUCUCUGCUGGAGUCCAUCGGUCUGACUGACGUCCCGCUGCAGCCGGAGAGCAAAGAGUGCAGCCACUCCUUCACGCUGUACGGCAGCGGGGGGGCGGCCCAUCGGGAGCUUCCUGCUCUGGGGGAAAUGCUUCACUGUCUGACCGGACGAUGCCCCCACGAGUACGAGAUGUACGGCUGCUACUGUGGACAGGAAGGAGGAGGGGGGCAGCCUCAGGACCAGCUGGACAGGUGCUGCUUCUUCCAUCACUGCUGUCUGAAGCAGAUCAGCUCGAUGGGCUGCAGUCCAGAGAGAAAGCUCAGCGCUCAGGUUUCCUGUGAGGGGGGGAAGCCUCGCUGUCAGGGCGUGAGUGUGUGUGAUAAACUGCAGUGUGUGUGUGAUAAAACCACGGCGGAGUGUAUGGCGUUCGCUCACUUUAACCAAAGCCUCCCGGCGGCUCAGUGCCGAGGACCCGAGCCCCCCUGCCGGCGGCCCACACGGCCCCCCAACCCACAGCUUUCAUCUCAGUCCAGCGAGGAGAGUGAGGAGAGUGAGGAGAGCCAGGGGGGAAACUCUGAUGACGUCAUCAGGGAGAAACCUGAAGGAGGUCGGGAGACAUCUACGGAUAAAAACACGACUCCUCCAAGAGGCCAGAACAG